AUAGCCUGCUCGUUGCACAUGAUUUCGUCACUGUCUCCAGAGCAAAUCAGAAGUCCACAAAAUGGAGGGAGCUCAAUGUCAUUGUCAAGCAGAAGCAAGAACGAUUCGUCCGAUGUACAAAUGCGCCUAUGGUAUGCGUCCCAUCCUCCACAGACAAUCGGCGCCAUCCAGGAGCGACAAAACUCCACUCCUAAAACCACCGUCCAUCUGAUCCGGGCACAUCCUCCACAAUUUCCGUGUGCAAGACUUCCCCAGCUAUCCCGUCCCGUCCAUGACUGGUCGUUUAGGCAGUUGGGUUGGGGUUCAUCUGCGCGCAGGUCAGUAUUUGGGUUCGCGGUCGUAAGGACAGAGGUUUGACAAACCUUCCUCUUUCCUCCGGUGAGGGUGACGUUGACGAAACGGCGGGUGUACUGAAUGCGCUUCUUGGCACGGCCCUUAGGGGUCUUCUUCUUCUCUUGCGGCUCGACCUAUCGUAGAAUAUCAGCGUCCGGUUCGAAUAUUCGUGUCGUAGUCCAUCCAUAAUAUCGUCGAAGCUCCCGAAGUUGUCGCGCUCAAAUCGCUGACAUGUCCCGUCGUCACAGAAAACGUGUCGUCGAUUGAGCCCUUCGAGCGAGCUUCGCCGUUCCUCCCAACCCUCAUUUCCAUCCUCCAAAGCAACGCAGUUUCAGAGAUCAUCGUACCUUUGGUGUCUGAGACUUGACCUUUCCGGCACGUGCGAGGGAUCCGUGGACUUUUCCCAUGAUGGCGGUUUAUCGAUUUCGUGGAUGAGAUCGACUGUUGAUGGCGUUGCGAUGGAAAGUUGUCGUCGUCGAGGUUCCAGUGACUCUCUCUGCACGCCUCUCGCUUAACGCUCCUUCUUGGUUCGGUUGAUAGGGUUUACAAUUUUCAAACCCCGUUAAGUCACAUGACUGGUUUAUGUGCUUACUCAUGAAUUAGUCAUAAUGUAUCACAUGAUCUUCAUCACAUGAUGUGACUAACAAUUGAGCCUCGGUAUAUCACGGGGUGCGGGAUAGGUUGGCGUCGGGGAAAAUCGGUCUUACGAUAAGGUUGAGGGUGCCGAGGUACGGAUCCCUGCCGAUAACGAUCCUAUCGUCAUUCAAGGACAAAGGCAGCUGUAUCUAAAUUGUAGAUAUACAGAAUCUUCAACAUAUCGUUCAUUGUUGCGCCUCGAAAGACUCACGAUUCUCUCAGAAAUGGUGUAUUGCAGAUCGGCUUCUACGUAGAACUGAUGCAUGGGUAGUUAUCAGUUUAUCUUAUGACGUAGCGCGGGACUCGAACUGCGAUGAUUGCAAAGUUGCAAGCCGAAGCCGCCUCCAAUUGAGCUUCCCCACACUAUCACAAGCGAAUCCGAUGUAUGCAAAGACCUGGACCACCCUCCUACCUCCGUAUACGCUCGGAGACAUGGGUGGACAUGAGUGGUUUGUACUGUAGAUUUUAAAAAGAUGCCGAAUAUCAAGGAGCCGUUUCCUCUUUUGUACCACUUGUGGCCACUCAUAUAGCCGUAAUAUCAAAAUCGUCACCAUUUUGGUACCGGAGCGCUCGCGGACUUCCUCACCCGUUCUCCAAGUCACUCUCCCCAUAUAUGCAUUGAGUUUCCCCUCAUAUAUCUUGCCUUCCCCGCCGAGGUAUACCAUAAACUUCAUCACCGCAAAUCUAUACACAUAUUUUCGCAAAGAUGGCUAGCAUUGAUUCUAUCAUCCAGGGUGUCAACAUCACUGGCACCAUCAACGAGUCCAACAAGAAGAUUCUCACCAAAGAUGCCAUCGCUUUCCUUGCCCUCCUCCACAGAUCCUUCGACCCAAGGAGGAAAGAGCUUCUCCACCGCCGUGUGAUCAGGCAAGCAGAGCUUGACAGGGGCGCUCUCCCAGAUUUCCUCCCAGAGACCAAGCACAUCAGAGACGAUGCGACAUGGAGGGCAGCAGUGCCAGCACCAGGGUUGGCUGACCGCAGAGUUGAGAUCACUGGCCCAACUGACAGGAAAAUGAUCAUCAACGCCUUGAACUCGAAUGUCUGGACUUAUAUGGCCGAUUUGGAAGAUUCCAGCGCCCCAACCUGGGCCAACAUGAUCGGUGGCCAGGUCAACCUCUACGAUGCCAUCCGCAGGCAGGUGGACUUCAAGCUCGGCGGAAAGGAGUACAAGCUCCGCACCGACCGCGCCCUGCCCACUCUGAUCGUCAGGCCGAGAGGAUGGCACUUGGAGGAGAAGCACUUCACCGUUGACGGUGAGCCCAUCUCGGGAUCCCUCUUCGACUUCGGUCUUUACUUCUUCCACAACGCCAAGGAGCUCGUCAAGCGUGGCCAUGGACCAUACUUCUACCUCCCAAAGCUGGAGUCUCAUCUCGAGGCCCGCCUGUGGAAUGACGUCUUCAACCUUGCCCAAGAUAAGAUCGGCAUGUCGAGAGGCACCAUCCGUGGUACCGUUCUCAUCGAGACCAUCCUGGCCGCCUUCGAGAUGGACGAGAUCAUCUUCGAGUUGAGGGAUCACAGCUCCGGACUUAACUGCGGACGCUGGGAUUAUAUCUUCAGCGUGAUCAAGAAGUUCCGCCAGAACCCCAACUUCAUCCUCCCCGACCGUUCGGCCGUCACCAUGACCGUCCCAUUCAUGGACGCCUACGUCAAGCUCCUCAUCCAGACCUGCCACAAGCGCCAGGUUGCCGCCAUGGGAGGAAUGGCCGCCCAGAUCCCUAUCAAGGACGACAAGGCCGCCAACGACAAGGCCAUGGAGGGUGUCUACGCCGACAAGCUCCGCGAGGUCAAGGCCGGCCACGACGGAACCUGGGUUGCUCACCCCGCCCUCGCAUCCAUCGCAUCCGAGGUCUUCAACAAGCACAUGCCCACACCCAACCAGUACUUCGUCCGCCGCGAGGAUGUCAAGAUCACCGCCAACGACCUGCUCAACAUGAACGUCCCCGGCCAAAUCACCGAGGAGGGUAUCCGCAAGAACCUGAACAUCGGUCUCGGAUACAUGGAGGGAUGGCUCCGUGGCGUUGGCUGUGUCCCCAUCAACUACCUGAUGGAGGAUGCCGCUACCGCCGAGGUCAGCCGCAGUCAGCUGUGGCAGUGGGUUCGCCACGGUGUCUCCACCGCUGAUGGCAAGAAGGUUGACAAGGCGUACGCGCUCAAGCUUCUCAAGGAGCAGACCGAGGAGCUGGCCUCCAAGGCAUCGAAGGGCAACAAGUACCACCUCGCGGCACAGUACUUCGCUGGCCAGGUUACUGGUGAGGACUACGCCGACUUCUUGACCUCGUUGCUCUACAACGAGAUCACCAGCGUGGGCACGGGAUCGCCAGCUUCCAAGUUGUAGAUUGUUACCGGCAUCGUGAUGACGCCUGGGGACAACCUAGCGCGUCUGUAUUUGUUUAUGACCUGCUUUCCAGCGAUGAUAUCUGUAGGAACAGUCUUGAUAGGAGACGGAGAUGGAGCGCUCUUGGGA